GUAAGAUGUUCCUGCCUGCUGAUUCACUUCUUUGUCAACUCUGGAAAUCUCAUUCAAGUUAUGCUACCUCUGUUCUUGACCAGAUAUUUUGUUACUUUCGAGAAUGCCGAGAGCAGUCGCUUGCUCGAUUUGUCGGCAGGAUAAGGCCCGUUGUGAUGCCUUCACCUCAGCCCCGGAUCCAUGUACCCGUUGUCGAACACGAGAUCUGGAUUGUAUCAUUGAACCCACGUUCAAAAGGACUUCCACAACAAGCCGCUCCAAACGUUCAUCCCACGAGGUGCGGAAUCCCAAAGAAUCGCCUAUCAGAACCACGAAAACCAGUCAAGAUGCAUCUGCUUCGCCAUCUCAGAACGGCCUGAGAACGUCAGACCUUGCAGGAUCAAUCAAUUCUGACCAGCAAUCCUACAAAAGCACAUUUUCCGUGAGCAGGGAUGACCAAGUCUUGGUUCGGCUCGGAAACAUUAUCCUUGUGCAUUCCGAAAUCAAUGACCUAUUCCGAGAAUACUUCCACCGCUAUCACCCGCUUUUUCCAGUCCUACACCCUACCAUUGCACCAUCGUCUGUCCAGAGAGACUGUCCCACGCUAUUUUGGGUGAUCAUAGUUACGGCGGCUCGGAGUAGUCGACCUGAUCUUUACCCUGCACUGUGUGACCUUGUGCCACAGAUGGUCUCGGGUAGCUUUCUGUUCCAAAGUCACUCUGCACAGCCAUGUCAAGCAAUCUUAAUCUUAUGCAUGUUUCCUUUGCCAACGGUCAAGAGCCGCGAAGAUGUGCGCUGGAUGUAUAGCGGGAUGGCUAUGCAAAUGGCAACACUUGUUGGUUUACACAAGACCGGCUCGGAUCACGAAUAUCGAAGUGCCGGUGCUGCUGUUGUUACGUGAAU